AAGAGGCAGGGAACGCCUGAUUGAACGCUAGAAAUACAACGCAGGUAAAAAGCGAUGCCUCACACCUGUGUCGUCACUUGUACACGUAGGCUAUUAACGGAUCUACUUCAGUCAUUUCUGUUCCGGAGGACAAUUCGGUGAAUAUUUCUGCUCGGGGGCGCUACGACAGAAAAGCAUGCUUACAAAAGAUGGUCUGUGACUUUUAACGGUUAACGUUACUUUCCCCCCCACCCUCUGGCUAACAAUGGCCGCCGAGUGUACUGAAGAGGCGAUUCUGGACUUUGUGAAGGAGAACGGGGGCAAAGUGAAAAACACGGACUUAAUUGAGCAUUUCAAAGUCGUGUUCCCGGAGGACCCGGAGAAGAAAACGGCCGCCCGCAUGGCCUUUAAAAGCCACGUUGACCACAUUGCGUACGUGAAAACCGAGAGCGGAGUUAAAUACGUCUGUCUGAGAAAAAAGUUCCGCGGGUCAGAGGAGGAGAGUGGCACGGAGAGGGAUUUAAACCAAGAGAGGCUCAUUAAGCCGUAUAAUCCAGACCGAGCAUGCGGCGGAGACGCAGCAGCAGCAGGCGGGGAGGCGCAACGGCAAACCCUACCUGGCUCAGGUUACGGAAGCGACAGCCAGGUGAGGGUUCCGCAUGCUUUCUCCACUGCUAAAACCAUUUCCCCGGACGAAACCGACGACAGGAGUCGGCGUCAUGAGUCCGUCUGUGUAGUGGAAGAGGCGGACAGCCACUCAGGGGAGAUGGGAAACCGAGGAAGCCUCCGCAGGGAGCAGAGGGAGUCCAUGAAGGAGCGUGUUGGGAAAACUCCUCCUCGCAUACCAGAGGUUGCAGUCACCGAGGCAUCCGCUCUCCCCGCGGCAGAGGGAUCGGCGUUCAACCUGCACGGGCCUGCACAAACUGGUCCCACAGGAUUACCGGAGCAGGCAGCCGGACCCAGUCCCAGAGACACACCUGCCACCGAGUCGCUCUCACGAGAAGAAGCAGGGCACGUUCCAAACUCUGAAGAGGAUACACCCAAACGCAGUUUGUCCGGGAGUGAAGGAAGACCCUUCCUGCAGGUCACGAUGGACCGCUCCCCGCAGGUGAGGCGCAGCGGUGUGUUCCGCAGCUCAGUGUUCCGCAGCUCAGUGUUCCGCAGCUCAGCGUGGAUGUCCUCCCGAAACGACAGCGAUGCCGCCUCCAUGGUCUCCUCCAACCCGGACGACGACAGGGCCUCGGCCACUCUGGACCCGCUGGAACACGAGUGGAUGCUGUGCGCUUCGGACGGCGAGUGGGCCAGCUUGUACCAGCUCCUCGCGGCGGAGCCCAGCCUCGUCCUGCGGAAGGAUUUCGUCACGGGCUUCACGUGCCUGCACUGGGCGGCCAAGCUGGGCAAGCCGGAGCUCAUCGCGCUCAUCGUCAACUUUGCCAAACAGCACGGCGUCCCCGCGAGCGUCGACGUCCGGUCGAGCAGCGGCUACACGCCGUUGCACGUCGCCGCCAUGCACGGCCACAUGGAGGUGGUGAAGCUGCUGGUGGGUGCCUACGGCGCAGACGUGGACGCCCGAGACUACAGCGGGAGGAAGGCCUGCCACUACCUCACGGACAACGUAAGCGUGGACAUACGGGACAUCGUCGGCGCGUACGAGCACUCCGACGCCGAGGACGAAGGCCCCAGGGACGCAGGAAGACGCUGGAGCGUCUCCAGGGUUCUCCAGUCUCACCUGAAGCCACUGGGCGACUCUGUGGACGGGGGGGUGGCCCCCAGAGAGAAACCCCUCAGGAGGAAGUCCUCGCUUUACAGGAUGAAGCCCAAGCUGCAGAAGCUCCGCUCGAGGACGUCCCAAAUCGUCCACAGCACAUCGUUCCGGGGCACGGAGGAGCUGGACGGAUCCGCGAAGGCGUCCUUUAAGUCCAGACCCAAGACGCAUUUCUUCGGGUGAGAUCAUCAUUAUAGAGCUAAUCGCCAGUGCCACACGGAUGCAGAAUUCUGCCGAUUUUUUUUAGCAGAUUUUAAACAAAAUAAAAAAAAACUAGCAGACCUGAGCAGAACAGUCUGCUGAAUUCCGCAGAUUUUCCGCAGAAUUUUUCUGCAGAUUUCAAACAAUUAAACACGUUAAAGAAGUGGAAAUAAAACGUCUCUUGGGCUUGUGGAGAAACUGGUCAACAUUUUUCACCAUUGUCUGACAUUUUAUAGACCUAACAUUAACAUUCUAAGUCAUAGAAUGUUAAAAAAUCAGUUUGGAGCUGGGGGUUCAACAUUUUCGGGACAUCUAUUUUGUUGUUUUAUAGUUGGUGUGCAGGUGAAAGCUGAUGGGAUUAUUCAGUCUUAAAAAAAUAAAUAAAUAAAUCAUUUGAUGCCAAACAAUCAGUCAAACUUUUAGAAGAUCCAUUCAGUCAAGAUGUCUUCCUAUAGACUCAGUUUUGUUAACAACUAGUCGUAAUAAAUAUUUUGAAUGUUGUUCGGAAAAACAGAAAUGUCGACAAAUUUAACAAAAAUCGCAAAAAACGACUAACGUUGAAAUAGUUACAAGCGCCAAAAGCCUAAAAAGAUCUAUUGAUAAAUUUGAAAAAAAGUGCAUAGCUGCCGCUGGGUAACGGCUGUGUCUUAUUUCGCAUACCUCCGUCAGUACACUGCUAAUGUGCACCGACCAUGGUUAGUAUUGUCCCAAAAGGAACACUUAGGUUAAAACGCUUACCGGAAAUGACAUGUCAAAAUCUGACAAAUCUAUUAAACUUUUGUCGAUCAAAAAAACAGACAGAUUCAGCAACUGUAUGGCCCACUUCUGGUUUAAAAUGUUAACAGAAACACGUUUCGGUGAACUAUUUACGUAAAAUACGAGAUCGUAUUCUGAGCGAGCCGCCAUUCUGCGCUGUCGUGAUAUCCGGGAGAAGCCACACCCACGUGAGGCGUUCGUCCAAUCAGCUGCCGGUCGACGUCCCCGGUCCCUCCCCUUUCCGCUUUGUAGUCAAGAUGGCGCACGUUUAGUGCGCGUAGUGUCCAUCGUUCCCACACUGAGCUUUUUGACCGUUUUUAGGGGGUCAGCCGGGUACUUUCAGUGCACUGACUUUUUGCGUUAUCUACACUAUAUACUUAAAACUAAGUGUUUUGAAGUGUGCAAGUAGGCAGUUUGAGACACCGCCUUAGUCUACACCUACACUAAUACGUUUUUAAAAACGCAUAUCUUUUGCUACGGAGCCCCUAAAACGAAGACGAGGAGUAAUUUUAUUUUACAGCACUGUUCGUUCAUCCAUUCAUACACUAUUUUGAGUAUGAACAGCCUUUUUAAUUUGGCCAGAAAUGAUUAACGGCACACUUUAAACUGCUAAUUACCGAUGUGUUUGAGGUCAAAACAAUGUCCCAAUUCGUACUCUGUGUCUUUGCUCCCAAUUCUUUUUAAAAUCAAUAUAAUGCCUAUCAAAAAUGUUAAUUUAAAACAUUAUUGGGCUCCAAUUUAUUAUAUUCAUUUUAACUUUAAAGUUUUUCGUUUCAAAAACACACCUCGCGUCCUUACUACUCCGGCGCUUCGGAUGCCCCUUAAACGAAGGCGUUUGGAAAACAGUGCUGCCCCCGUUUCGGUUCUUAAACUCCGGAGUUGUGUUUUAGUGUGGACGGGCAGAAACGGAGAGAUUUGAAAAUGUUGCCAACCCGUUUUUUAAUUUGAAAACCCUGGAGUUGUGUUUCAGUCCGGACGGUCAAAGGCAGAGACCUUUUUGAUAAAGGACGACGCGGACGCCCUCGUUCGCUUCCUGAUUGGGUUUUAUAAAUCCUGUUGUGCCCUGCCCUGAUUUGUCACAACCCCAUCAGGUGACCCUUUUCUGAAAGAACAAACCGCAGCCUCGACUAUCUGUGGUUACUCUAACAUGGCUAACAAGCUACAACCGUUUUCACGCACGUUGGUAUGGAUGAAGAUUAGUUGAAACGGUGCUAAAAUGCUUGUGAGAUUGUUUUUAUUUUAUUAAAAGCCGUUUAAAAACGAAAAUGCUUGUAUGUAGCCUAAGUUAGAGAGGCACGAGCAUAGGCGGUGAUUUAUGUUUUCCUCCGUGGGUACACGUGCACGCCCUUUUAAAAAAAAAAAAGUAGUCAAAAAAUGUUUGCAUUUCAGAACCUUAGGAAAUGGACAGCGGCCGACACGAACACACACGCGCCCAUUAACUGGAUAAUAAAGCCGUGAAGUGGUCUUUCAACUCAGGACAGCGCCACUUCUCAGAAAUACAGACAGGAUUGGAGAUGAGAAGUGUAACUGCGAUCGGAUAGGAGGGCGGGGGGGUCACCAAAGAGGCGUUUUCAUCCGAGAGACGCUGUGAUUGGUGGAUAGGCUAUAGGGUUGGGCGAUGUCCCCUAAAUUGCCAGUUGACGAUGUUUACAGUAAAACAUCCUGAUGGACGAUGUUAUCGUCGUCGGGGGGUUAAGCACUUUUUAUUUUACUAUAUCUCUUUAAAUACAUUUUUUUUCUACUACUAUGAGCUAACAGUUUGACCAGACAUACAUUGCAAUGCCCUCUGUAAAUGGACAGUAUUACAUGGCUAUGCUGCCGCCUGCUGGUAGGGGCAGCAAUUACAAUUUGACCUACUUUUACGGCGCCGUAAAGUCUAGACUCAAUCAGAUGUCCGUGAUCUGCGUAACGACAGUACAGUGGAACGUUUGGCUUUAACAGAGCGAGAGGAACAACCUAAUAUACCAUCGUUACUGAGAUUAAACUACAUUCUCGGUUACGUUUGCACUGAAUAACGCAUUCAAUAAACCGAAACCUAACUGUUACAGCGCACAUGAACAGAUGCGCAAUAUAAGCUCACACAAAUAGCA